AUCACCGGAACAACUUCAGUUGUUUACAUCCGGCUAGAAAGAACUCGCUUGAAGGAGAAAGAUAAGUUCUUCGUGCUAGUUUUGUAAAAUAUCCGAGUUUUUAACCACAAAAAUGUCUAAACUAAAUUUGUUCAGGGAUUUUAUCACUCAGAGAUUAACAACGGCCACUAUGGAGGUAUUUAGGGCAGCUGAAAAGUCGUUUGCCGAGUUCGAAGGGGAGAUUUCUCGUUCGAGAGAGGAGAGCGCGCGACUGCAACAGUUGUUGGACAAUGUUACUCAACCUGAUAUCAAGCUUCAUCGAACAGAUGUGCAGCAGCUCUCUUUCCUGGAGCCCCCACAGAUUAAAGAGGAACAGGAGCUCUGGACCAAUCAGGAGGAAGAGCAGCUCCAAGGACUGCAGUCUGAAACUACACACUCCACGUUCACUUCUACCAGUGUGAAACAUGACUGGGAUCAGGAGGACUUUACUGAAUGUUCAUAUCUUGUCCAAACUGUUAAAGUGGAGAACGGUGAAGGAAACUUUCUACCCACCAACACAACUGUGGAACAAAUCAAUGCAGAACCUUGUGUACAAGACUAUGCAGCACCAGAACCAGGCAGUGACUCUCAAAACAAUGAGGCUCUGCCAAGGGAAAAUAUGCACCCCACAGAGAAAACAAUACAUCAAUGUCAACAGUGUAACAAAACUUUUGGUCGAAAAGGUGCUUUGGUUUUUCAUAUGAGGACACACACAGGAGAGAAACCUCAUCAAUGUCAGGAAUGUAACAAAAGAUUUCGUAUUAAGUCAGAUUUGGUUAUGCACAUAAGGACACACACAGGAGAUAAGCCAUAUCAGUGUCAACAAUGUAACACACGUUGUAGUAAGAAGUCAGAUUUGGUCGUGCACAUUAGGACACACACAGGAGAGAAACCUUAUCGGUGUCAGGAAUGUAGCAAACAAUUUGCUCGAAGUGAUACGCUUGUUAAACACAUGAGGACACACACAGGAGAGAAACCAUAUCAAUGUCAACAAUGUGACAAAUCGUUUCGGCGUCCGUCUAUUUUGAUCGAACACAUGAGGAAACAUACAGGGGGGAAACCAUAUCAGUGUCAACAUUGUGUCAAACUGUUUAGUAAGAAGUUUGAUUUGGUUGUGCACAUGAGGACACACACAGGAGAGAAACCUUAUCAAUGUCAGGAGUGUAACAAACCAUUUGCUCGAAGUGGUACUCUGGCUGAACACAUGAGGACACACACAGGAGAGAAACUGCAUCAGUGUCAACAAUGUAACAGAUCGUUUCAGCGUCCGUCUAUUUUGAUUGAACACAUGAGGAAACAUACAGGGGGAAAACCAUAUCAGUGUCAACAUUGUGUCAAACUGUUUAGUAAGAAGUCAGAUUUGGUUGUGCACAUGAGGACACACUCAGGAGAGAAACUUUAUCAAUGUCAGGAGAGUAACAAACCAUAUGCUCGAAGUGGUACUCUGGCUGAACACAUGAGGAAACACGCAGGAGAGAAACCAUUUCAAUGUCAACAUUGUAACAAAUUGUUUGCUCAGAAGGGUCAUCUGGUUGAACACAUAAGGACACACACAGGAGAGAAACCAUUUAAAUGUCAGGAAUGUAACAAACUAUUUUCACAAAGCAGUUCUUUGUAUACACAUAUGAGGACACACAAGAAAGCAGCCAUGUCAGUGUCAACAAUGUAACACAUCUUUUUCAAGGAGGCUGGGGCCUAUACCACAAAGUAAAGGGGGUCUCUGAGGAGUGACUAUGCACACCAGUAAUGAUAAUUGAUCUCCGGGAUAAAAGUAUUCCGGCACUGUGCCGGAUCUCUGGCGUGCGGCAAAUUUUUUUUUUUGGGGGGGGCACUUGCAUGCGGUUUAAUAUUUGAGUCAGUUGAUUUCCCCUACCAAUCAUAAGAGGAACGCGGCUAUAACUACCGUUACAAGCCUACCAGAAGCAGAGCAGGGUGGGUCCUAGCUACACAGUGUGAAAAUGAGAUCCAUACGUCACGUUAGUGUUAUUGGUGAAAGCAUGGAGCGCAAAUUCAUUUAGCCUUGGGGAUGAUGUCUUAAGGCCGAUUUAUACUUCUGCGUCUCCGUUAACGAACAGACGCACGCACGGAGUCGGACGGAUUGGUUGAAUUUAUACUACUCCGACGGCUCU